AUGGUCAAGCUAGGCAAGAACUCCAAACGGACGCCCGUCCGCCUGCGGCACAAGAUUGAGAAGGCAUCUGUUGCCAAGCAAAGAAAGCAGAGGAAGGAGGCGAAGAAGAACCCAGAAUGGCGGUCUAAGAUGAAAAAGGACCCUGGUAUUCCCAGUCUCUUCCCCUUCAAGGACAGGCUCCUGCAUGAGAUGGAGGAGAGGAAACGAAUGAAGGGAGAGGAACAGCAACGGAUCCGGGACGAGGCACGCGCUCGCCGAAGCCAAAACCAGCAAGCGCAAGAUGACGGUCAGGCCAUGAACAUGAUUGUAGAGGACGAUCUACUGGACGACAACAUGGAUGAGGAUGGAGGCUCCAACCCCAUGGCAGCCCUCCUGGCCUCUGCCCGAGCCCGGGCAGCGGAAUAUGACGAGGACCACGAGAGCGAGGACGAUGAGAUGGACGAGGAUGACAACGAUGAAAUGGAUGAAGAUGAUGAGGACGGUGGAGCACUGCUCGACGAUUCGUCGGCACCGGCACUGGUCACGGCACAGUCGUUCACCAAGGAAGGUUCACGGCGCGCCUUCGACAAGGUGUUCAAGCAAGUGACCGAGGCUGCGGAUGUGGUGCUGUAUGUGCUUGAUGCACGCGACCCGGAGGGAACACGGUCGAAGGAGGUGGAGCGCGAAAUCAUGGCCACAGACGCCGGGUCGAAGCGGUUGAUCCUCAUCCUGAACAAGAUCGAUCUGGUUCCCCCGCCGGUGCUGAAGGCAUGGCUGGUUCAUUUGCGACGAUACUUUCCGACCCUCCCGCUGAAGGCAUCCAUCGGGGCUGGCAACGCACACAGCUUCGAUCACAAGCAAUUGACGGUCAAGGGGACUUCGGAUACGCUGUUCCGUGCGCUCAAGUCUUAUGCGCACGGCAAGCAAUUAAAGCGGUCCAUCUCUGUUGGUGUUAUUGGAUAUCCGAAUGUCGGCAAGUCGUCUGUCAUCAACGCUCUCACCGCGCGCCUCAACAAGGGUUCGAGCAACGCAUGCCCGACCGGUGCCGAGGCAGGAGUGACCACCAACCUGCGCGAAGUCAAGCUCGACAACAAGCUCAAGCUGAUUGACUCGCCGGGGAUUGUUUUCCCCAGCGCGGGUGACAAGACGAGCAAGAAGUCCAAGAAGCAGGAAGAGCAGGCCCGUCUGGUCCUGCUGAAUGCCAUCCCUCCCAAGCAGAUUGAAGACCCGAUCCCCGCGGUCAAUCUCUUGAUCAAGCGGUUAUCUACCUCAGAGAACCUGAUUGCCAAGAUGCUGGAGCUCUACGGCAUCACGGCUAUCUUCCCCUCCGGCGGCGACAAGACUACCGACUUUUUGAUCCAGGUGGCCCGCAAGCGAGGUCGUCUUGGUAAGGGCGGUGUCCCGAAUGUCGAGAGCGCAGCCAUGACUGUCAUCAACGACUGGAGAGAUGGUCGCAUCCAAGGCUGGGCCAACGCGCCCGUGUUGCCUGUGGUGGCCUCGACCGACGCUGCUGCCACGACGACUGAAGGAGCUGGCGUGGACACCACGCAGGUCGUCACCGAGUGGGCCAAGGAGUUCAAGAUCGAAGGCCUCUGGGGCAACGGGGAGGGCGAGGACGAGGAAAUGGCCGAGUAA